GUCCUGUCAGCUCUCAGCUGUCACUUCUUUCACGUCGCCCUCAUUGCCUAAUUUAUUAUUUUAGUUAUUAAAAAAAACCUAAGGAAUUUAAGUUUAACCUUCUUUCAAAAUUAAAGUUGUUAUUUAAGUGAUGUGAACUGUAACUUUAUAUACCACAGGAUAUUAUAAUACGUUGUUCUGUGUAUCUUUAGGCAGAAGGAAGUGACAACCAGCAUGGCAGCAGCUGGAAAUAAUUCGAGUUCUAUGAAAGAGUGUUACGAGAAUUAUAUUUUGAUCGAUACUGGAACGAAUCUAACGAAUAAAAAAUUUGGAAGAGAUCUAGAGUCUGUCAUCAAAAGAGCUACUGAUGCAGGAGUCCAGAAAAUGAUAGUUAGUGGAAGUUCUAUGAAAUCUAGUCGAGAAGCCCUUCGAUUGGCUCACAUUUAUCCAGGAACGUUGUAUGCAACCGCCGGUGUACAUCCGCACGAUGCCAAGUCCUGGACUGACGAGACACUGGCAGAGCUACGAGAGGUGGCAUCGUGUACAGAGUGUGUGGCCGUUGGAGAGUGUGGACUCGACUACAACAAAGACUUCUCACCUCCUGAUGUGCAGCAGCAAGUGUUUGAGAAACAGGUAAAACUGGCCUGCGAAUUAAAAAAGCCACUAUUUCUGCAUGAACGAAAUGCACAUGACGAUCUGAUCAAAAUUCUGAACAAACAUAUCGAUAGUCUUCCAAUGGUGGUGAUCCAUUCUUUCACCGGGACUCUUGCUCAAGUCCAAACCUACGUCAAGAUGGGCAUUUAUAUAGGAAUAACAGGUUAUCUCUGCAAAGAUAACUCUGAAGAUGGAGUACAGUCGUUGCUAGUAGCUGGACACCUUCCUUUAGAAAAUAUCUUGGUGGAAAGUGAUUCUCCGUUCAUGUACCCGAAUGCACGAGGAUCCAAACUGCCUGCUACUAUUAAAGAGGCCCUAACUGAAAGGUCUCUCUCGUUUUUGCAACGGUAUUGCACAUUCCAACGGAAUGAACCGUGUUGUCUUCCAGCAAUAGUCGAGAUGAUCGCUGCGUUCCUACACAAGUCACGAGAUGUCGCUCUACAGACUGCCUUCAACGCUCUCAAAGUCUUCGGUCUAUCCUAAUGUGCCUAUGUCAUACCUCAUGUGCUCUUUACUCAUCGACAAUAUGAUUUAUUGUUAUUGUUAUAGCUACGAUUGAAAUAUAUAUUUGUGUAUUAAAA